AUGAGCCUGAACGCGGACGUGAUGCCGCAGUACCGCCAGGAGGCGCCCAAGACGCCGCCGCACAUCCUGCUGCACUACUGCGCCUUCAAGGCCAUCUGGGACUGGAUCAUCCUGUGCCUGACCUUCUACACCGCCAUCAUGGUGCCCUACAACGUCGCCUUCAAGAACAAGACGUCCGAGGACGUGUCGCUGCUCGUCGUCGACUCGAUCGUCGACGUCAUCUUCUUCAUCGACAUCGUGCUCAACUUCCACACGACGUUCGUCGGCCCCGGCGGCGAGGUGGUGUCCGACCCGAAGGUCAUCCGCAUGAACUACCUCAAGUCGUGGUUCAUCAUCGACCUGCUGUCGUGCCUGCCGUACGACGUGUUCAACGCGUUCGACCACGACGAGGACGGCAUCGGCAGCCUGUUCAGUGCGCUGAAGGUGGUACGCCUGCUGCGGCUGGGCCGCGUGGUGCGGAAGCUCGACCGCUACCUGGAGUACGGCGCGGCCAUGUUGAUAUUGCUGCUGUGCUUCUACAUGCUGGUGGCGCACUGGCUCGCGUGCAUCUGGUACUCGAUCGGGCGGUCGGACGCGGACAACGGCGUCCAGUUCUCGUGGCUGUGGAAGCUGGCCAACGUCACGCAGACGCCCUACUCCUACGUCUGGAGCAACGACUCGGGCUCGCCGGAGCUCGUCAACGGGCCGUCGCGCAAGACCAUGUACGUGACGGCGCUCUACUUCACCAUGACCUGCAUGACCAGCGUCGGCUUCGGCAACGUCGCCGCCGAGACCGACAACGAGAAGAUCUUCACCAUCUGCAUGAUGAUCAUCGCCGCGCUGCUGUACGCCACCAUCUUCGGUCACGUGACGACCAUCAUCCAGCAGAUGACGUCGGCGACGGCCAAGUACCACGACAUGCUGAACAACGUGCGGGAGUUCAUGAAGCUGCACGAGGUGCCCAAGGCGCUGAGCGAGCGCGUCAUGGACUACGUCGUCUCCACCUGGGCCAUGACCAAGGGGCUGGACACCGACAAGGUGCUCAACUACUGCCCGAAGGACAUGAAGGCGGACAUCUGCGUGCACCUGAACCGCAAGGUAUUCAACGAGCACCCCGCCUUCCGGCUGGCCAGCGACGGCUGCCUGCGAGCGCUCGCCAUGCACUUCACCAUGAGCCACUCGGCGCCGGGGGACCUGCUCUACCACACGGGCGAGUCCAUAGACUCGCUGUGCUUCAUCGUCACCGGCUCGCUCGAGGUCAUCCAGGACGACGAGGUCGUCGCCAUCCUCGGCAAGGGCGACGUGUUCGGCGACUCCUUCUGGAAGGACAGCGCAGUGGGGCAGUCGGCGGCCAACGUACGGGCGCUCACGUACUGCGACCUGCACACCAUCAAGCGCGACAAGCUGCUGGAGGUGCUCGACUUCUACCAGGCGUUCGCCAACUCCUUCGCCCGCAACCUCGUGCUCACCUACAACCUCAGGCAUCGGCUGAUCUUCCGGAAGGUGGCGGACGUGCGCCGCGAGAAGGAGCUGGCCGAGCGGCGCAAGAACGAGCCGCAGCUGGACCAGAGCCAGGACCACCUGGUGCGCAAGAUCUUCUCCAAGUUCCGCCGCGACCGCGCCGCCGCCCAGCACCAGCAGGCGCUGCCGCCGCCUUCGCCGACGACGACGGACGUGGAGAAGGGCGAGGGCGGCGUGACGACGCCCUCUGGGGACGCCUCCUGCUCGUCGCCGGCGCUGCGCGUCCCCAAGCUGUCCAGCGUCGCCGAGCGCCACGACUCCUCCUCCACCAACGCCGCCAGCUCCAGCAACACCAACGGCGCCAAGCCGCACCGGCCCACCACCAUACGUGCCUCCAGAUGGGGGCGCCUGCUGGGCUCCAGCGGCGGGAGUGUCGACUCGUCUGACGCGGGCAGUAGUUCGGCCGCAGCGGCGCUGAUGUCGCGCUCGCUGUCCAUCCGGGGCGACCACCACGGCGGAAGUGGCGCUGGCGGCGCGCAGGCCAAAAAUGGCGGCGCUUCCUCUUCUGGUGGGGCGCCCGGCUCGUCUUCCUCGCUCGGAGGCAACGGAGGCUCGGGGAAUAAGGUGUUCCCGAAGCUGCCUAAGCCGAUGACGAGGCAGGACACGAUGGAGGAAAUCGUCGAGAUCGAAGACCGUUACAACCGUCCAGGAAGCCUUCGUAAGGUGGAGUCGUGCGACAGCGGCAUGGUCCGCAGUGUGGAGCAGAGGCUGAACGACCCCCCACCCACGCCUCACCCCGUCGUCUCAGGGGUGGCCUCCAUGCUGCCCCCGGCAGAGUACAAGGACCUCGUGGCCAACAUCAUGGACUUCAAGGUCGACGUCAAACUCGAGGUCCAGCGGUUACACCAGAAGGUGGGCCGCAUGGAGGAGAUGCUGGCCGAGAUCGUGCAGAGGCUCGGCCCCGCCCCCACCCCCGCCCCCGCGCCGGAGGCGGCCGCCCCCGACGCGGCGGCUGGAGGAGCGUCGCCGGCGGACGUGUCGCAGGUGAGCCUCCAGCCCAAGCCGCAGCAGCAGUCUGCCACGCCCACCUCGUCCUCGUCGUCUUCUGGCGGCGGCGGCGGGGGCGGAACCACCAUCCCGGUACCCGUCAGCGGGGGUGGAAACGGCGUGGGAGGCCUCGUUCUCAGGAAAAGAAGGUCCAAGUCCAGGAACAAGGGCGCUGCUCCCGGGGUGCCCACCUCGAGCUCGCCGAGGACUUCCCCGACGGAGACGACGAGGAUGCUGCCGCCCACGGAGGAGGCGGACUCGGGGGCCUCGUCCGAGGAGAAGAGAUCCUCUUACCGCCGCUCCAGGGAGUUCCUGUAGCGACUGUCUGCCCAGCUGCCUCGUGCGGACCAACCGUGAGCGAGGACAGCGCCCACCCGUCACCCGACAGCUGGUGCUCGGCUCCGGGUCACGGUAUCCUGAGUGCCUCCACCUGAGUCGUCUUGCCGUUGGGUCCAGAAAGUGUGAUGUGAGUGGUCAAAGUAGGAUUUCACCACCUUGAGCUUCUACGCAAAGCCAACAUCUGAACCCAAGUUCGCAGUGAUAAUCUGUGGAACUGUGUCGCCUGAUCAAGUUGGGAUUAGGUUCGUGGUUAUGGUAACUGCUCUCCUGGGUAAAUAUUUCUUGGAUUUCUUGCCACAUCAGGUUUUCUUUACUCAAGCUUUCAACGACUUCCUCUGCCUUCUUCAUCAGGAGUUCACCACUGUUCUAAUAGACCAAGUGGUACUGUGGAAGGUAUUUGGCCGAAUUAUGUCGUCCAUAUGCUACCACAAAUUAGUCAGUGUCUAUG